AUGCAGCCUGAGGACCCAGCUGGAUUGUCUAACUCCAGCUCUUCAUCAUCCGAUUCUGAAGAGAUUGAAGCGGAAGCUUUGGAAGCUGAGGUUUCCGCACUUACUCAACAGCUUGAGAGGAAUCCAUAUUUCUAUGACGCUCACGUGCGCAGAAUAUCUCUUCUCCGAAAAGCCGGUGAACUUGACAGGCUCCGAGGGGCACGUGAAAUUAUGUCCAAAUACUUUCCUCUUACGCCUAAGAUGUGGCUGCAGUGGACUGAAGAUGAGGCAUCUCUUGUCACAGAAGGCGGUGAUCGGGAACCUGUAUAUCAGCUCUUUAAAAGAGCUCUAGCUGACUAUCAAAGUGUUGAUGUCUGGCUAGAAUAUUGUGAAUAUGCAAUCGGCGGAAUUGGCACAGGUGAGACUGCAGAGCUUGACCGCAUCCGUGGCGUGCUGGAGGAGGCAGUGGCUAAUCAGGGCCUCAACUUUGCCCAUGGUACACUCCUCUUUGAGGUGUAUCGCGAGUUCGAGACAAUCUGCCUCGCUCAAUUGCAGGCUAAGAAGGAUCCUGUGGCAGUUGCUAAUCAGUUGAAGAGAAUUGAAGGUCUCUUUCGGCGUCAAUUAAGCAUACCACAUGCUGAUAUGAAUCGAACAAUGGAGGAGUACAAGACCUUCUUGGAGGAAAUGGCAGAGGGCAGUGAUGGCGGAUUGACUGACGACUUCAAGGCAGUCUUUGAAUCAGCUCAAGCAAAGUGGCGAGAAGUGGAGAGUUUCGAGGCAGAUGUUGUGGACAAGACUGAUGAGAGCGUCCUCCUCUUAACUUGGCAGAAUUACCUCUCUUGGGCGGUAGAACAUGCCUGUCGCAAGGGCACUCGCGCGAAUUUCUUGAAGGCAGCCGCAGGUGAAACUGAAGUCACCUUCACACCAAUGGAGAUCAUCUGCCUUUUCGAACGCGCUGUCACCGACCUCUGUCUCCAGGCCUCUAUAUGGCUACGAAUGGCUGACUACUUGGAGGCGCACGUGUCGGCUGAUCAACAGCGUCUCAUCAACACUCUAGCACGUGCCGUGCGUAAUAUACCGUGGAGCAAUGAGCUGUGGCGCCGUUACGCACUGGCCUGCGAAGCGCGUGCGUGGGAUCCGGCUAAUGCAGAGAACUCCUCCUCAUCUAACAUGGAUGGUGCCUCAGUGGAUCAUUCGAAGUCGUAUCUCCCUGGGCACUUCGAAUCAGCUAGAGGCAAGUUUCUGCUGCCUUUUAACAUCACUACUUUUGCCUUGAUAAUCGCGAGUCAGGUCUAUGAAAAUGCCUUGAAGUGCAGCUAUUCGACAGCAAGUGAUUUACUUGCUGUUUGGUCGGCUUACUUUGAUUUCCUGCUACGUAUCAUUUGCAACUCGAAUGACCAACAUCUCAAAGAAAGAUGUACCAAAAUGUUGCGCAAUACCUUUGAACGAGCCAAAAGUCACAUAUCCACCGCCUUCCCUGAUCAUGCUGAACAUAUUUGCUCCAUCUACCACUACUGGGCCUUUGUCGAGGCAAAAUGGCUUGAAAACAAGGAGCGCUCUCGGGAGCUGUGGAAGGCCAUGUCAAAGAUGAGCAGUAAUGGCAAAAAACCUGGCUUUUGGACAGCCUAUUUGGAAUUUGUAAAGAGUUACGACAAUGCGGAUGAAGUGGUGCGUGUAGCAGGAAUGGCAGCCAACUCGGUGACCGGUGAAUUCGCGGAGUCACUUAUUGAGGCGGCCCGUCGGUGUCUGGCGGAGAGUGGUGUGGAUUUUAAACGUUCACGUGAAUUUAGCCUUAAGGUGGCUCAACGUCAAGUGCGUACUGACAUUCCGGAGGCCGUGGAAGAUGUGGAGCAGGAGGCUAGUGUGAAUACUUUGCCCUAUCGUCAGCGGCCCAACCGUCCGAAUGCAUUGGCGGAGAAAGUUUCAAAAGGACGGAAACGGAAAGUGGACGAAAACACACCUUCACUGACGGCGGCAGCUGCCAAACGUCAGAAGGUACAGGCGGAUAUUGAAGAAAGUGCGAAAAAGGAUGUUGUUGAUGAAACGGAAAAGGCAAGUCUGCCGAAGCACGGCGAAACUGUCAUUCAUGAUCCCUCCAAAGAUGAUCAGACUGUCUUUGUUAGCAACCUGCCGUUCUCCACAAACGAGGAGGAGUUACAGUCCAUCUUUGCCAAGUGUGGUGAACUUGUCUCCAUUCGGCUUGUGCGUGACUACGCGGGGAAGUCGAAAGGUUUUGGCUAUGUGGAGUUUGCCGAUGCAAGCAGCGUAGCCGCGGCCCUCGAACUUGAUCGUCUGCCCAUCGGCAGUGGCACUGGAGAUGGUGGUGGUGGUGGUCGGCCAAUGUUUGUAUCAGUGUGCGAUACGAAUCGCUCGAAACCUGUCUUUGCUUAUAAAACGGGGGUGCCCGAGCCCAACAAACUUUUCGUGCGCAAUCUGGACAAGGUAACCACAGAAGAGGCUCUUCGCACCUUCUUCGGCAAGUACGGUGAAGUGAGGAGCGUGCGCAUAGUGACGUAUCGCAACGGAGUGCCGAAGGGCCACGCCUACGUGGAGUUUGCGAGAGAGGAGGAAGCCAGUCGGGCUCUAGUAGCCACUGACGGAGUUGUUUUUGGCUCCAAAGCAAUUUCCGUUGCUAUCAGCAACCCACCACCGCGUUCAGCUGUACCAAGUAUGCGCUCUUCCUCUGCCUCCAACCAAGGUGCUCCGAGACGCAAGUCGGCUCCAUUGAAUCCACCUUUGUAA